AGGCGGAGACUCCUCAUCGGCAUCACCUCUAUAUGAAUCCUUCACUCUCCGCUUUUUAUUAGAGCGAACACGGGCGCGAAUGAGUGUAUCAACACGGGCUUUGUAAUAUGAACUUUCUGCCAAGUGGAAUAUGUUUUUAUCUGUCUGUAGCAGCCUGCUGGCUCACCUCAAGGGUCGACUCGUCUUGGUGGUACAUGGGCACCCUCGGCUCGCAGGUGAUGUGCGACAACAUCCCCGGGCUGGUGAACAAACAGCGCCAGCUGUGCCGCCAGCAUCCCCGCGUGAUGCAGGCUGUCGGUGCCGGCGUUAAAGACUGGAUCAGCGAGUGUCAGCACCAGUUCCGCAGCCACCGCUGGAACUGCAACACGGCCGAGCGAGACCACACGGUCUUCGGAAAACUGCUGCUCAGAGGCAGUCGAGAGGCCGCCUUCGUGUACGCAGUUUCCUCGGCAGGCAUGGUCCACACCCUGACCAGAGCCUGCAGUCAGGGAGAGCUGGACACCUGCUCGUGUGACCCAGGAAAGAAAGGUUCAUCCCAAGAUGCUAAAGGGUCCUUCGACUGGGGUGGCUGCAGCGACCAUGUGGACCACGCCAUUAAGUUCACCCAGGCAUUCGUUGAUGCCAAGGAGAGGAAGGAGAGGGAUGCACGAGCGCUCAUGAACCUACAUAACAAUCGUGCAGGAAGGAAGGCAGUGAAGCGUUUCAUGACCCUGGAAUGUAAAUGCCACGGCGUGAGCGGCUCCUGCAACGUGCGGACCUGCUGGCUGGCCGUGGGCGACUUCAGGCAGACAGGCGACUACCUGCGCAAGAAGUACAACAGCGCCGUCCAGGUGGUGAUGAACCGCUAUGGGACAGGCUUCACCAACGCCUACAGGAAGUUCAAGAAGCCCACUAAGAAUGACCUGGUUUACUUUGAGGACUCACCCGACUACUGCAUAUGGGACCAUGAAUCUGGAUCGGUGGGCACGGGCGGGCGCGUGUGCAACCGGACGUCGCGAGGAGCCGACAGCUGCGAGGUCAUGUGCUGUGGCCGAGGCUACGACACGUCCCGCGUGAGCCGCACCACCAAGUGCGAAUGCAAGUUCCACUGGUGCUGCGCCGUCCACUGCAGGGACUGCCAUGAAGAGGUGGACGUCCACACCUGCAAAGCCCAGUCGUGA